AUGCGCAUCCCCUACCUGCUCCCGCUCCUCCCCCUUCUCGUCGCAGCCGACAGUCAAGCGCCCCUCAAGGACAAAGCCGCGGGCUGGUUCGACAAGGCCAGGGCCUACGUCUCGAGCGCCGUCCCCGCGGCGGCGGUUCCGGCCCCGGAGAUCCCCCACCCCAUCGACGCCGGCGCCGCCAAAGUCGCGGAAAGUGUCGUCGAAAAGAUAACCGUCCGCAACUGGCAGCACAAAUUGGCGCCGAAGCUGGACGCGGAGGAAGAAUGGAUGAUCUACCUGACUGGCGGGAACAAGUCAUGUUAUGGCCGGUGCGGGCCCGUUAAUACCGUGUGGAACGAAUCCGUGCCCCUCCUCGCCGCGCUGUCCGCCUCACCGGGCUCGCCGCGCCUCAAACUCGGCCUCCUCGACUGCGAGAAGGACGAGGUCGUCUGCACGGCCUGGGCGUCCGGCGUGCCCGUGAUCUACCACUUCCUGGUGCCCAAGGCCUCAGCGGGAGCCUCAUCGUCUGCACAACCUUCCACCGACGCGCCCACCCCGCUACACAUCGUGCCGCUGAACCUCACGGGCACGGAGGUCAGGGAUAUUGUGUCCAUCCCCUCGGCGAGCAAGUCCCGAUAUUUGGACUACGAGGAGUAUACCGGCCUGUUGCACCCGAUUGACGGGCUCAUGGCCAAGUUCGGCCUCUUGCAGCCGUUUGGGUACUUUAUGUGGGCGCUGGGGUCGAUGCCCGGGUGGGUCAUGAUGCUGGGGAUCAGCUUUGUGAGCAGGCAGAUCAUGAGCCGGCGGAUGGCUGGGUCGGCCGGGAUACCGCAGGCGGCGCCACAGGCGCAGGCGGCCCCAGCGCCAAGGGUCGCGCCUGCCACGGGGAGCCAGCCUAGAGGUGGUGCUGGGGGGAGUGCGAAGAAGAGGAAGUGA